AUGAACAACAUAGGUAGGAAAGGCAUUCUGAGAGUCCACAAUAAAAUGGGAGACCGUUUCUGGAACCAGGGACCUGCAGUCUUCCAAAAACCAAAGAAGAGGGUAAGGUUCCUAGAUCAGGAAACAGGAAAAGACCUGGUUUUUACAAUGGUCCAGAUUCAAGAGGUGAACCUGCAAAAGCUUAUGGGCCAUGAAGAGAGAGCAAUCUGUUUGGAGGAGGAGAAGAUGGCCCUGCUCAAUGAGGUCAAUGAGCUAAGAUAUCAGCUUCAAACUCAAAAAGCAGAGAGCAUCCUCAGGAUUGAAGACCUACAGGUCGCGAUCUGCACAGAAGUCGCUGCAAAUAUGGAAGCUGUGACAAGAGCUGCAGAGCUAGAGAAAACUCUGGCAGAAGAAAAAACAAAGAGGAUGGAUGCAGAGACACGCCUACUGGAGCAGACAAGAGAGACCUCCACCCUAAAAAAUGCACUUGCCCAGGAAAGAAUUGACCUGGAGGUCCAGAGGAGACAGUGGGAGGAGGACAAAGCCUGUCUGUUGGAGGAACACAAACAGAUCACAUCCACAAUGAAGGAAACUUUGAUCCAGACACAGAAGACGCUGGAAAAAGAGAGACUCCAGUGGCAGCAAGAAAAGUCCAGUCUGGUCCAGACCAUUGAAUCCCUCAAGGAGAUCCAGAGACAGUGGGAGGAGGACAAAGCCUGUCUGUUGGAGGAACACAAACAGGUCACAUCCACAAUGAAGGAAACUUUGAUCCAGACACAGAAGACGCUGGAAAAAGAGAGACUUCAGUGGCAGCAAGAAAAGUCCAGUCUGGUCCAGACCCUUGAAUCCCUCAAUAAGACCCUGAAGGAGAAGCAAUCUGUAGAAGAGUCUAAUGAUAGAUUACAAGAGAGACUACUGGAACUGGAGGCCGAGAUGGAGGAAUGCCUGAAGAAAACAAAAAGGAGGUCUAUGAGGAAGAGGUUCAUCCAGUUCUUUCAAAGAAACAGAGUAACUGAUUCUUCCAUAGACUACUGA